UAUAAAAGUACCUUUAGCAUGCUAAAGAUAAGUUUGCAACUGACAUCUAGUUUUGGCUCGGCAAGUUCUUAAUACAUACACUGACGCCGUGCGUAGAACCGCAACUGCAGUAGAGGACUAUGCCACAAUUGCUGUUUGCAGCGAAAUCGGCCAGAGGACUUGACGUUUAAGCGGAUAGCUGACUAGGACAAAAUGGGCUCCUGCCUUGGCAAAUUCCGAAAGGAGGAAAAUAAGAAGGCGGCUCCGGACAGGUUUCCCUUGCAAUGUAGCGAGACGACCAUAUGCGACUACUACGUUGACGCUUUGCCAAGCCGGCUUCAAGGUGAAGGCAUUCAUCUCUUGCGGCGGGGCCCAGGGCCCAUCGUGCAGGGAUGGACACACGAGCUGCUCAAGGACGCGGGUGUGUCCCGGCACCAGGACCGCGAGCUGCUGCUCUCCACGCGCGAUAAGAUCCUGGCGGCCGUGGAGUUGCACAGGGAGCGCCGCCGCCAGGCGGGACUGGCGUCGCUGACGGAGGGCGCCUGCACCUCCCGACGCAGUCUGGGUCGGCUCAGCAGGAACUUGUUGAAUGGGGAGGCAGCGGCAGCUGCGGCGGCGGCGGCAGCAGGAACAGCGGAGGCGGGAGCUGCUGGCGGCGUAGCCGCCACUGGCGGAACCUUGAGCAGUCCGGGCGACACCGUCGGAAAGUCUGAAACAGCGCAUGGCCUCAGUGCCGUGGACGCGGCAAUUGCCGCCAAGCUAGCGGCGGUGAAGGCCGCCGCCGCUGCCGCAGCGGAGGCGGCUGCCGCGGGCCUCGGCCCCGAUGGCCAGCCGUUUAGCCUGACUAGCGACUGGCUGUCUGCUCGUGUGGAGCUGUACCGCAUCAGCGAGGAGCGCUUCCGCCACAUGGGCACCUCGGCGCUGCCCAGCCCAGACGUCAGCUGUCGGGGAGCCGUGACAGGGGGGCUGCACAAGGUGGGCUCGAGUGAAAGCUUGGCUAACGGCAGCCCCCCCACACCGGGGCACCGGCAGUACGUGCAUGCCAAAUCGCGACUGAGCAAGCAGCCGAGUGAUGAUGGUGCGGAGGGAGCAGGCGGGAGCGAUGGCAGCGUACGAGGAGGAAGAGAUGCCAGCGUGCACAGCGAUAGGGGUGACCGGGUGGAUGCGGAGCGGAAUGAAAUUGAGGCUUGCGGCGGCGGUGGUGACGGCAGCUUCCUUGGGGUUACAGAAGAUGCAAAGACGGCAGCAGAGGCCAUGCAGAUGGAUCAGCUGCGAGAUCGUUCUCAUGACGCCCUGCUGCCGCCGGCACCGGCACCGGCUUUUGAGGUAUCAGCAGCGGUGAUGGCGGCGCAGGAGAAGUCUCCAUUACUGGCAUACGCAGGCGUCUCUCAAGACGUUGUCAAAGUGUACGACAUUCCCUCAGCGUCCUCACCGAUUGCCCGCGGCAUCGCCAAUGGCGGCGGCAGCCCCUGCAGCUGUGCGACAGCCGAGGACGAUAGCGGCCGUGGCAGCGCAGGCGCUUGCAGCUUGGGCGCGGAGAGCCUUGCUGUGCUCACAUCCCUCACGGCGGGCCCGGGAGCAGUGGCGGGCGGCCCAAAGCCGUGUGCCGAGCUGCCUGGGGGGCAGGGUGUCGUGGGCGGAGUGGAGGAGCUGCACAGCGGCGGGGCUGAUCUCCCGGGGCUUCACCUUCAGCACUAGCCUGCAGGCCUGAUGGCCAGGUGGUCGGCGUUGAGGAGAGCGUGCAUUGCCCUUCUGAGCGGCUGGGACAGAAGCUGGGGCAGAAGGUGGGGCAGCAGCUGAGGCAGCUCUGGGGUUGGCUUUUGUUCACUGCGUGACUUUCAUACCGGUAGUUUGCCUAUGGGUUGUGCAGCAGCUACGCAACCAGGAACCCAGUUAACAUCUUGACAUGGAAGAUGUGGUUUUGUCCCCGUUGCUGCUGCUGCAGUCGAUACCUUUAUUUAUCUUUAUUUAUGUUUACGGACCGAUCCUGGGCUACCUAUGCCAACAUCUGUAGGCGGUGCGUGCAGGUUUCUUAGCCGCCCUGGCGGCUUUGUCCGGAAUACUUGUUGCCACGUUGCAAGGCAUGCUGUGACACUUUUAACAUUGGGCUUGUGGCUGGGUGAUGUGUCGAAGAGCUUCCUUUGAGCUCGUGAGUAUGGCGAAGCAGACGUGAGUAUGAACGUUCCUGCGCCGGGACUCGGGAGGUGAGCCUGGGCGUAAGAAGCUGUCCGGUAAUGAGGGCUUCAUAAUAUGCUUUUCCUGUUGCGACACACGGGAAAUGAAGCUCGUUCGUUGCUGGUCGUGCUGACACACGCUGUGUGGCCCGCUUGCAAGGGUUGCAGAGGUUGCGGGGCGGGAGCGAAGGGGUGCUGAUGUGCAGGAAUCCGCUGGACCUGGUACGUCACGGCGUUCCCAUGGUUUGAUGAACACUACAUUCAACUAUAUCCAACCGAGCUUGGUUGCAAAGUUGGUUUCCCGUAUGAGAGCGCCUCGCCUGUUACUGUUCCGUAUGUGCGGCGUUCGUGUUCUAGUAUAGGCGAGAGGGGCGGCAAUAGGGUGUUGGGUGGCCAGCGUUGGGUGUCCCGGUGGCCUUUGGUGUGCUUUCCAGGGCUCCGACAAGAACGGCAGGCCAAGGACAAUGCAAGAGCGUGGUACCGAAGAAUAUGGGAUGUUGUGUAGGAGAAAGGUGCUAUAACGGUCAUACUGGAUGUUUGCUGGGUUGUGGUGUCAUGACUGCUCGGUAGCAUGUGCGUAUGUUGUUGUAACCAACCAUGGCCCUAAGGUUAAUGGUUCAGCCGUGCGGCUGUUGUUGUUAUUGGUUACCACAGUACGGUUAUUGCUUCAUUUACUUCAUAUGACCAGCCAAUCGAAUACCCGAAGGCCGUAUGUUGCAUCUUGACCGGCUGUUUGAGCGCACCUAGUAGCUCAGGACGUUUUAUUUUGUCGACACCGCAACUGCCAAUAGCAGUUGGGUAACUGUCUCCCUUCUAGGGUUACGACAGGCUAUGCGAGCACAUCAGAGCUCAUUCUCUUUGUUAUAAAUCAUACAAGUACGUGCGAUUCCCUCGCGGACCGGUUGUACUUGUUGCGAUACUCGAGAAGACUGAGGAUGGGCCCCACCUCCAUUUUAGGGGGACGGUGUGGAUGAUGGCUUGCAGUGAUUGAGAGUUGCAUGAUCGAGCCUGUACUGCAUGCUGGCGCAAUGGUCUUAUAGGAAGGUACGGACAUGUACUGCGUGGCACGUACCGCAUUGAGAGCUGCAGAGAAUGGAAGGUUGACACUUGUGGGGAUUGUGUUCUGUGGGCCUUGUGCGGCCAGCUUGAGGCCGAAGUCCUUUCGGGAGCGUUGACAGAGGUUUACGACAUAGCAUUGGCCUACAUGAACGACCUAACUGGCUACGUUGCACGAAGGUAUGAUAUGGGCCAGGUAGGUGGCGGCAGGGGACGGACGAUUGAUGGAAGUAUUGCAUGGUUAGUUCAGACUGGUAGAGGACAACGAAGCAAAGCUAAGACCUGAUAGGAUUUGGUGCGUGGUGUCAGAGUUUGGCGAGAUGUGCCAGGUCCGGGCGUUCUUGCCUAGUAUAAGUGAAUGCUACCCAUUCCAAAGAUACCGAUGGAAAAUUUCACGUUUAUUGCUGAAAAUAGCGGUCCAUGUUAGGCAUCUAAUUGCACGCUUAAGGUGCGGAUAGCCAACUGGUACCAAGCCCUGUAACCAAGCCGUCUUG